AUGACAAACAAGCUCCUUCAGCUGACUCCAUCGCCACCUCUCGUAUUCCUCGUACAAGCGCCCUUCGUUGCUACAGCUGUGGAGAAAACGGUCAUCGCCAGACGGGGUGGACAACGAUGGCGAUAUAAUCGAAGGAGAUACAGGACCCCUUUCAACAUUCUGGUCCUGCGUCGUAUUUGCUUAGCUCCGCGUGCAGAAAUAGAAUCGUGGUUGCGUACAAAUCUCUUUCGUACUACGUGCACGAUCAAGGGGAAGAUUUGUAAACUUAUCGUGGAUUAUGGGGGUUGCACCAAUGUUGUUUCCGAAGAAGGAGCCAAGAAAUUGAGAAUUAAAACAACUCCACACCCUGCUCCCUACCCGUUGGCGUGGCUCAACAAUAUUUCGGAGUUACGGGUUUCUAAAGAAGUAAAGGUUCCUUUUUCAAUUGGAAAGUAUCACGAUGAAGUUAGCUGUGAUGUUGCUCCUAUGGACGCUUGCCAUCUUCUUCUUGGACGACCUUGGGAGUACGAUCGUGAUGUUAUUCAGAAAGGAAAAUCAAACACCUACAGCUUUGUGUUUGGUGAUCGGACAGUCACAUUAUUAUCAUCUCCGGAGCAAGUCGAAGUUUCUCCCGCCACAUUUACAUCACGAGAUCAGCACCAAGCUACAGGUUCUUCUAACUCGUUAUUGGUUUUGCCUAAAGCAGCUUUUGAAACAGAGUUAUAUGAUAAUCCUACGAUUUGGGCUCUCGUCACUUCUCCAAUCGUGACAUCCUCUGUUUCCGAAGUUCCUCCGGCUUUCACUACUCUGCUUGAAACGUUCUCCGACGUUUUUCCCGAAGAUUUGCCGCUUGGAUUGCCACCUUUGAGAGACAUACAACAUCACAUUGACUUGAUGCCUAAUGCAACCUUACCGAACCGCCCUCAUUAUCGCAUGAGCCCUCAAGAACAUGAUGAACUACGUCGACAGGUUGAGGCGCUUGUUCUUAAAGGUUAUGUCCGUGAAAGCCUCAGUCCUACAGCAGUUCCAGCUUUGCUGAUUCCAAAGAAAGACGGUUCUUGGAGGAUGUGUGUUGAUAGUCACUUAAUCAACAAGAUCACCAUUCGCUACCGCUUCCCUAUUCCUCGUUUGGAUGACUUGUUGGAUCAAAUCGGCCGUGCUUCAAUAUUCUCUAAGCUAGAUUUGAAAAGCUGUUAUCAUCAGAUUCGUAUUCGGCCAGGUGAUGAGUGGAAGACGGCUUUUAAAACGCGUGAAGGCUUGUUCGAGUGGAUGGUUAUGCCGUUUGGGUUGUCUAACGCACCGAGUACGUUUAUGAGGGUCAUGAAUCAAGCACUCCGGCCUUUUAUCGGCAAAUUCGUCGUUGUCUAUUUUGAUGACAUACUCAUUUUCAGUACCGAUCUGUCAAGCCAUCUAGAACACCUUGAAGUUGUGCUCCUUGUUUUACGUCGUGAUAAACUUUUCGCCGCUCGUCAAAAGUGUGUCUUUGGUGCAUCGCAAGUGCUGUUCUUGGGCUAUAUCAUCUCAGAUCGCGGUUUUCACGGCCUCGCUUCAUUCUACCGUCGUUUUGUCCAUCACUUUAGCAACAUUACGGCACCAUUGACCGAUUGCUUGAGAGGUUACACCUUUAUUUGGACACCGGAAGCAGACCACGCUUUCGAAACCAUUAAGGAGAAGCUCACUUCCGCUCAGAUUCUUGCUUUACCUGACUUCUCUCAGGUUUUCGAAUUGCAUUGUGACGCCUGCAAGCUGGGGAUCGGAGCUGUCCUAAGUCAACAGGGACGACCUAUAGCAUUUUACUGCGAGAAGAUUGCAGGUUCUCGUGCGCGAUACAGCACAUACGACGUGGAAUUCUAUGCUAAUGUCCAGGCUAUUAAACAUUGGCGUCACUAUCUCUUCCAUCAAGAGUUUAUUCUCUACACGGAUCAUGAUGUUUUGAAAAAAUUGAGUAGUCAAGACAAGAUUUUGGCUAGGCAUGCUCCUUGGAUUGCUUACCUGCAACAGUUUACAUUUAUCAUUAAACAUCAGUCAGGUAAAACCAAUGAAGUCGCUGAUGCCCUCAGUCGAAGACACUCCCUCCUCACUACUCUUCAUGCCUCAGUCGUAGGUUUUUCAGUUUUCACCGAGCUCUACCGUCUCGAUCCUUUCUUUGGGAACAUCUGGCCUGAUUUGUCUAAUGGAGUUCAAUCUGACUAUGUGCUUCUCGAUGGGUUUAUCAUUCGGGAAAAUCGCCUCUGUAUUCCUGAUUGUAGUUUGCGGUUGAAGAUCAUCAAGGAGUUGCAUGAAGAAGGUCAUGUUGGGCGUGAUAGAACUCUCCGCUUUGUCGCAGAUUCUUACUUUUGGCCGACGCUACGAAGAGAUGUUGCUAGAGAUGUGGAGCGUUGUGUUACUUGCCAUCGCUCUAAAGGUCAUGCCUCUAAUAGUGGUUUAUACAUGCCUGCCUACGCAACCAUGGACGGAUAUUAG